GUUUUAAUAUACCAAUGCUUUUAGUUGAGUAUAGAAUUCCGCUUCCUUUUACACUCGAAGAAUUUGAAAUAGCUCAAUUAUAUAUGGUUGUUAAGGCUAGUCAAGAAUAUACAGUAGAUGGGGAAGGCGUUGAAAUAAUAAAAAAUGAGCCUUACAAUAAUCUCGAGGGUGCUUUAGAUUUUGGAGAAUUAUCCAAAGUGUCCAUUCCUAAAAAUAAAGGGCAGUACACACAUAAAAAAUACUACAUAGGUUCUCGAAUCCCACCUUAUGUUAAAGCAGUGCUGCCUUGUAAUGCUUUAUACCUUAAUGAAGAGGCCUGGAACGCCUAUCCUUACUGCAAAACAGCACUAACUAAUGGUUACCUGGACACUGCCAAAUUCCAUGUUGAAAUAGAAUCUUUGCACUUCAAUGAUAAAGGCCAACAGGAGAAUAUCUUUAAUUUAAAAGAGGAAGAACUACUCAAAAGAAAAGUCAUACAUCUGGACAUUUCCGAGGACUUGUCCAAGUCGUCGGAGUACAACGAUAAAUACGAUCCCCGAAAGUUCAAGUCGAAGAAGACGGGAAGAGGGCUGCUAAGUAAAGGCUGGGAAAUUUCUGCGAAUCCGGUCAUGUGUGCAUACAAGCUGGUCAGAAUAAAUUUCCGUUACUUUGGGAUGCAGAACAAAGUCGAGAAAAUUAUCGAGGACUACGAGACUCGACUGUUUCUGAGCACUUUGCGACAGGCCUUUUGUCUUAUAGACGAGUGGUACGCUUUAGACAUGCAUGCUAUCCGGGACCUCGAGGAACAGACAGUGGAAGACUUAAAAAAAAAAAUGGCAAGCAGCACGUCCAGCUGCUGAUGGAGCUCGUGGCCAAGAUGGUACUUUUAUAAACUAAGGGUUGUAGACGCUUGUGGAAAUAAAAGUGGUUGUUCCGUUCACGUUAUUUAGCCUUUUUUAUGUUUGGA